UUUUAGGAGGAAGAAGAGAAUUAUCUGCUCCGAUUUUUUUUUUUCCUGCCAGCGAGAGUGCGACAGACUUGCAAUGGUUGAAUGUCAAUGCCUGUGAGAGAGAACAACAGUCAGAGGAGGAGGAGGACAGAAGGGGAGGAAAAUGAAGGUGGGGACGGUGGUGGAGAGAAAGAAGGAGCCUCGUCCAAUGCAUCAAAAGGAGGUCCCUGCAAUUGCUGAUAGAGCCCUGGCCGCCUCGCCAUCCACAAUGGUCUGUACAAGCUGCCAAUGCGUUUGAUGACGUUCCUGUUUUGUGAAAGGAGGAAAGGAAACGUGACCAUGUAAGAUCCACGUUUCCCCGGUCAAUUACAUGCGAAGAAUAGAUCCGAUUUCGACGGGUUUUUUUUGGUCCAGAGUGGUAACAGCUUAGGGAAUAAUACAGCCACCUUCCCUCACCAAUUUCGCUCUGAUUUUUUUGGUGUGGUCCAGACAGCUGCUGGAAUAGAGAAGGACUUUUAAUAUUUACAAUGAAAUCUUUUAAAGGCAACGGGGAAAUCUGAAGCCACCUGGGAGUACAGUGUUGGAAACGUAGGGUGUUUUCCCACAAACAAUGUGAAGGUCUUUUUUGACAAAGAGGCAAUUUUGAUAAUAACAACAGCUACCAAUUUUGCAUUUUAAUAGCCAGACCGGCUGCUAUUUUGUCUGGGUGCACACCGGGUCUCGUGCGAUCGGGUUUUAUUUUUUAAUUGAAAAAAAAAUUAUUAAAAAAUAGAAGAAAAAGGAAAAUUACUUGAGAUGCCAAAUACUGUCGAGAGAACCAUAUUCUCCCUCCUCCCCACACCCACCGGAGACGUGGACCCUUCUUUUUUACAGGCUUAGGAGUUGCGAGAGCCGAUCAGGGGCUUUCUCCCGAGCCCGCCGCCCGCGCCCCCGGACCCUCGGGCGUGGGAGAUUUAUUUCCUCCUCCCGCUGAUUUCUACACAAACUUGUGGAGGGGGGUUAAGAAUCCCCCAGGAGCGCAGAGUCGGGUUUGGUUUGGGGUUUUUUUUGUGGUUUCUUUUUUGUUUUUCUUUUAAUUGUCAUCCUCGCCGGCUUUCAGCGGGCUGCCGGGGAUUUCGCCCCCUCGCCCUCCGGCUCUGCUUUUGUCCUUUCCCCGCCGGCCAGCGCAGCCCCCCCCCCCCCCCCCCCCCCCCAACAGGCACUGAGGCCGCAGCGGAGCCCCCCCGGCCGCGGGGCGCCCGGCUCCUGCCCUUUUCUUUCCCACCCCGUCCCCGCCUGCCAAGGAAAGGCACAUGUUAAUACCACCCGGCGCGGUCAUUUUCUGCUACUGCUGCUGCGGGCUCCUCCGUCCGAGACAGAUGUUGCGAAACCAAGGCCUCCUCAAGUGCCGCUGCCGCAUGCUCUUCAAUGACCUGAAGGUCUUCCUGCUGCGGAGACCCCCCGCGCCGCCGCCGCCCUCCCCGCCGCCGCCGCUCCCCAUGCCCGGCGGCGCAGAGGCGGCGGCGGCGGGCGGCCCGGCGGGGGCCGCACCGACCGGGGGGCGCGGGCCCGGCUGGCGGGCGGCGGCGGCGGCGGGCGGCGGCGGCGGCGGCGGCGGCGGAGCGGGCAGCCCGGCCGCCGAGGAGUGGGGCAGCCCCGCCGGGGAGCCGCCCGCCUCCCUGCCCAGCAGCACCUCCUCGGAUGACUUCGGCAAGGGCAAGGCCGAGGACCGCUACUCGCUGGGCAGCAGCGUCGACAGCGGCAUCCGCACCCCGCUCUGCAGGAUCUGCUUCCAGGGGCCCGAGCAGGGGGAGUUGCUGAGCCCGUGUCGAUGCGAUGGAUCGGUGAAGUGCACGCACCAGCCAUGUCUGAUCAAAUGGAUUAGCGAGAGAGGCUGCUGGAGCUGUGAGCUGUGUUACUACAAGUAUCACGUCAUUGCCAUAAGCACAAAGAACCCUCUGCAGUGGCAGGCCAUCUCUCUGACAGUCAUUGAGAAGGUUCAGAUAGCAGCGGCCAUCCUGGGUUCACUCUUCCUCAUCGCCAGUAUCUCGUGGCUCAUCUGGUCGACCUUCAGUCCUUCGGCCAAAUGGCAGCGCCAGGACCUGCUCUUCCAGAUCUGCUAUGGAAUGUACGGCUUCAUGGACAUUGUCUGUAUAGGUCUAAUAAUACACGAAGGGCCCUCGGUUUACCGGAUUUUUAAACGGUGGCAGGCGGUCAAUCAGCAGUGGAAAGUGCUGAACUAUGACAAAACAAAGGACAUGGAGGAACAAAAAACAGGGACCAGGACAAAUCAGCGCCCCUCCUCCCAAACCACCCACUCGUCCUCCACUGGUGGUACAGCCACUAACUCCGCUCCAGCCGACAGCGGGGCACGGGCUGCCGGCCAUGCCACAGGCACCCUCUCUGACCACCACUGUGCUUAUACCAUCCUGCAUAUACUCAGCCACCUGAGGCCUCACGAACAGAGGAGUCAGUCUAGUAGUAACAGAGAGCUCGUCAUGAGGGUCACGACGGUCUGAGCCGAGGAAUUCAGGAGGCCUUAACGUGAAGCGGAGGAGACAAAGAACUCAUAAAGCAGAGGAGCAUGGUGUGCCUUUUUCUUUCUCUUUCCUUUUCUUUUCUUUUUUUCUUUUUUUCUUUUCUCCUCCUCUCCUUUUCUUUUUCGGUAACUGCACAAGAUAUAAGAGGCGGCACCUGGCCAGCUGAGGAAAAAAAGCAGGUGGAGGGAGAGCUGCACACUCAUGCUAAAGAGGUUAAUGUUUUCCAGCCAGUUUAAAAAAAAAAAAAAAAAGAAAAAAAAACAACAACACAAAUCACAAAAAAACCAACAAAACAAGUGCAAUACAGACUACAAACUGAGUAGGCAGAGUUCUGGGGAAGCAGAGGAACAGACGGCUUAGCAUGUCUUACAAAUCCUAUUACCUGUAAUAGGUAAUGCUCUGUACACACCCCCCGUACACACACGCAUGUGCACACAAACACACACACACACACACACACACACACACAGACACACACACACACAUACACAGUGUGAGAUUUAUAAAAACAAGGAAGGGAACAAAAUAUUUGGAGUAUUUUUAUUGUCCAGACUCUGAUUAACCAGGGCUAUGAGUUGUUUUGUUUCCUGAGUCACUCUGGAGCCUUGUUUGAUUUACCAUAAGAUACCUGAAGUGAAAUGGCUGGGGAUUUUUCAGGAUUGAUUUACAGAAAGAGAGAUUGAAUCAUCCCACCAAGAAAAUCUAACAAAACCCAGGCAUACCCAAAUUUCACCAAAAAUCCUGUUUUUUCAUAAUGUUCCUGACAAGGGGUUUGUGAGGGUGGAAUUGGGAGGGGGGAGGGCACUCCAUGAACUUUAUUCGACAUAUAGGCAUUUUUGGCAAAUUUUGUACAAACACUCAGCAGGUGUUUCAAGCACAAGUACUGGUGUGAUUUAUGCCUUCAUAACCCCAAAUCCAGCGUCCAAAUCUUGCCACUCACACACAUCAUUUUCCAUGCAGACAUUCCAGAUUAAUUUCCUUUCAUUGUACUCCGAUCACAAGAAGCUGACCCCUCUUGCUGGGUUUCUGCUUCCUUGCUGAUUCAGACACUCAUGCAUUAGAGAUGUACAUCUUUUUUUUUUUUUGUGUCUGUAUCCCUGCUGCUCGAUUUGCAACAGUCUCACUCAGUCUUGUAGGCUGAGCCUUUCACAUCCAGUCUGUUAGUUUAUUACAGAGUCUAUUCCAUUCAAUCAUUCAAGAGAGAGUUAGUCUGAAGAGGGAGCACAGUUGCUGAUUGAAUAUGUAACACUUCUAAGUCUCCUUCUCUGGGAUAUGUCCUCGAAGGUACUGGUUGCUCUUCAGGAACAUUCUCUUUCAAUGCACAAUGGCUGAAUCAUCUGUGGAUAUUAAAGGGACACUGUCAAGUACUUUUAAAAUAGUUUUUAGGGUUUGGGCUUUUUUUACUCUCCAUUGUUUGUAAUAUUCUCUUACAAGCUUGAAAAUAAAAUUUCUUUCCCUACCGAUUUUGUCCUUCUCCAUUUGGGCACGUAUCGUUCUCUCCACUCACCCCAUUCCUUUCACCAUCCCCGUCCUUCCCCUCCCCACCUUUCUUUUGCAACAGGAGGAAAUCCAUGUUACUGAUUUCCUGCUGACUGUCCUCGCUCUAUGGAGGGUAUGUCCCAGCUCUAUGGGGUUGAGCUGUUUUGCCAAUGUAACUGCCACAAAGGAAGCGUAAGAGCAGGAACGCUAAAAAAAUGGAGAUUAGCUAAUUGAGGAGCAACAGCUCAGCAAUCCCAAAACAAUGAACCUAUAGUGAUCAAGCCUGAACCCAGCUCCCUCCAAAAUUAAGAUAAGGACUUCAGCCAAACUGCACCCAUUUAGCAGCAGUGCUGAGUAACGUUGCACAACGGCUGUGUCUAACUGCCCUCCGUCAUCGUACCAGCACCUCUCGCAGCUUCUGUUGGAGCCAGGGCAAACACAAGCUACCAGCCAUCAUGGGUCAGGUGUUUCUGGACCAGAGAAGGUGUCAAACUUCAGCCUCCGGGUUUGAACACACCAGCCAUUCUGCAACGUUGAAGAUGGAGGUUAGCAUCUUAAGGCAGGUCAUAUUUUUCACCUCGAUUACUUGACAGUGUCCCUUUGAAUAUCAGAAUGCAACAGAACAGGUACUUUCUCUGACAGAGAAUGUGGGAGGUGAAACACCGGCCAAGAAAGCUGACUUACUGAGGACCCAUGUGAAACAGCAUGGCUUCUGAGGCCACUGUACCUUUAUCUGACCAAUCUUACUAUCUACCAAAGAGUGCUUUUAGAAGGGGGGAGGGAAGGGAUGUUGGUGGGCGGAGGGAGAGGGAAGAUCAUCUCUAAGAGCAGCUACCCCCAGAAUGAAGGUGUUGCAACGAAUGGUCUCUGGAAGAACCGCUUCUGAUCCACAGUAGAGAGAAACCUGGCCAAAGCAAGCAAACACAGCAGCCUCUCUCCCCCAUGCCUGUCCUGGAAGCUGUCCUCAUUCCAAGAGAUGAGUAAUUAUGGUGGUUUGGGGAAAGGGGAAGCACACACAGAUGAAGGGACAGCUGUCAGACAUGAUGUUGUUUACCUCCCUGCCCUCCACUCAUUUAAUAUGGAGAAGUCAAAUUCCUUUAAUUUGGCUAACGGCUAAAAGUUUAUGAGGUCAGAAGCACAACUUGCCGUGAAAGAGUGGUGUGAUCUAGUACUCUGAGCACACAGGACUCUGCAUACUCUCACUCCAGCUCUGCCACCGACUCUGUAGCCUUGGGCUGUUUGGCUCAGUCCCCCUCCAUGCAAAGGGGGAAUAACAAUACGUACCUACCUCACAGGGGUGUUGUGAGAAUCCACGUUGGUAAAGCCUGUCGAAGUGCUAAGUCUACCACCGGUAGUCACAAAGCGUGUGGUGGGGGUGAGCAGCGCCGCCCUUUUGCUGGUUACAGUCCGAAUCACUCAGCGGGAGUCCCACCGGCCCUCUCCUGCUUGGAGAUCCUCCUUGAUCCGAAGUGGAGGGUGUCGUCCGAGUGCCCUCUCCUCCAUUGCAUGACAUUUUAAGCGGCUGUGAGGUGCAGGGUAGUGACAGACAUGAUGUCCUACUUGACCAGGGAUUUGCUACAACGUUUUCUAUAUCUGUGGGGUUUGUUGGUUUGGUUUUUCCAUAUAUUGUGCUUAGAAAUAAACUUUCCACUUAGGGCUGGCGGUUCGGGGUCUCUUCUGUUGCAUGGCAAUGUAUACAAGUCUUAUUGUCUGUCUUACUGUGCAAAUGACCCCGCAGCCCGAUUUCAGAGAUGGGUAUGGUCUGAGCCUUUUCAUAGUGGCAUAAGACUCAAAAGCCUGUCUAGACUGUUUAAUAUUUAAACAACACUAUGAACUUGUCAAUUGUAUGUGUUCUGUGCAAUACAAAGCAUGUCAUUAGCUGGCUUGAUGGGCAGAGGGGAUAAAGGAAGGUCAAAACUUGUUCAAAGAGCUUCAUACAUGUGCCAGCAUGGAGCCGAAGGGCUGCCACCAGCAAAGCAAACUCGGGGAAGCCACUGGAAACUGUUUUCAGAACAGUUUACUCCAGAACAAGGUACUUCUGAGUUUAUGAACUUCUAGGCUGCCAGCCUGAGAGAACAAGUGCAAAUUUAGUGUGGGGUUUGGGGUUUUGGAUUCUCUUUUUUCUUUCCUCCCCGAAGUAUUGAUGGCAGAAAUACUGAUGAGGGUCUCUUGCUUCCAUAGCACAGUUCUCUCAUCUCCCACAAUCUCCUUGUGCCAUCCCCUUUGUGCUACUAUGCAGGACUUUAAAAGGUGCAAAUGGAGAGAGUACGCUCCUGAGACAUGCAAAAUACAUUGUGUAUUGGGAGAUUCUAGCGGACAGAAGAGAUGGGGCAGAGCUAUGCUACAGAAGGCAUUUCUUCCUCCCCACAUCUUUCCUCUAGUCUUGUCUGCUGGGUACCUGAAGAGAUGUUCUCUGUAUUUUGUUACAAAGCAGUCAGAUCAGCUUCCACCGACAAACAAAGCUUGCAGAGUUUGGCAGCUCUUUCUCCCAGUGGAGAAAAUACCGGGGGUCCUAUCACUGUGGAGACCCCUCAGUUCUUGGGCUUUGUGAUCCUCCAACACCGUUCGGGGGUGGUCAGCGUGGAGGACUGUGUUCAACCAUCAUCAGAGAUUGUGUGUGUGUGGUCCUGCUCAUUCUUGUGAUUUCUGCUAGUCCCCUGAUUUUCAGUCAGUUUUGACAUGUCUUUCUGGUAAUGCUCUUCUGGUUAUGCUCUUCAGAGGUGUUUUGCUCUGUGUCAGUUGCCAAUGCUGUUCUUGCCUACUGAAACAUCAGUGCUGACCUCCAGCUUCCACUGCUUUUCCAUUCUUGCCAUCCAGUCUCUUGGUAAAUACCCACUGCCACAUUCAGACUCUCUUCCUCUGUGCCUGCAAUGGCUCAAGCACAUGCACUAACCCAAGGGUCAUCAGAGAACACAGGGACCAUUAAGAGUCUAUAUCAAUAGUCGGACUCCAUAACCAUCUGUCAGUCCUCUUUGAUAUAUAUUCACUUGACCAGUCCCAGUGCCUGCUGUUAAUUGGUUGCCACAAAAAUCCCAUAAUACUAGCAAAACCCAUAUACCCAUCUAAUGCUUGUUUUCCAAGUUCAAAUGUCAGAAGUGAGGGACUGUUUUUCAAGUAAAUCAGAUGUGUUCCCUGUUGUGGUUUUCCAAGCAAGGUGCGGAAGAGGUCCAUGUCUUACCUUACCAUGACAGGCAACCCAAGGAAAGGGCAAGCCAGCAGCAUAGAUUUGAGUCAAGAGAGGCGUCGGCUGUUCACUAUGUUUUCACUUGGGGAGACAGGAAAAUAGCGCUUAUGUCUGCCAGGUCCCCGACCCUUCUCAAAGCUGUUUUAUCUGGCAGCAGUAAAACAUCAGAGCCAAUGCCUGUAGAUGGAGGAAAAUUCUGAAGACUUUCCAGUUCUGAAGACCAUCCCCUGCCCAUGUGUGCUGGUCAGUCACUCAAGCAUCUUUUCUUUGUUUUCCUCAAGAGAAAAAAGAUUAUUUUGACUAAGCAAAGUACUACUACUCUUCCGUGUAGGAGGAGGCUGCACCAUUAGCACUUCCAACCUGUGGUUCAUCCACCAGGACUCCUGCACAUCUUCUUGUGAGAAGGCAUGGCCAGAAGACCUAUUCCUUCCUCUUACUAUUAUAUGUCCGUCAAGCACUUGGAGGGAAAUAGCAGUGCAAUUGCCUUAGUGACUCAGUGAGGCUGAGUAUCCUCACUUCCCCUCCACUAUCACCUCAUCUGUGACUGUUCCUUCUCGUUCCUGAGCCAACAGAUGCCUCAGCCCCUCUGCCAUGUCUAAACUCCAGCCCUGAAGAUCUCCUGAGCAGACAGACACAGGAUUCCUCACAGACUAGUUUUAGAGUCUUCUGCAUCCUUCAUAUGUAUCCAAACAGGCAAAUUCAUUUCAUUGAUAGACAAUGGCAUAUUUGAAUCCUGAGAGGAGAAACAAAUGUAGGAGCUUAUUGCAUUGACCUUCACCUCUUCUUCCACGUUGAAGGAGAUAUAGUGAAAACAUCAGCUGGUUUCCAUACGACAGCAAUGAACUGAUGGCUCUAAGAAUAUUUCCCUCAAUAAUGCAAGUCUGACAUGCUGCAGUUACUGAAGGCAGCCUUUGAUCUCACAUCUAUCACGCUGGAUACAAGGAGAACAGAAUCUGACAAUUUUGUGGCAUUUACACAAAUACCAAAACUAUCUUAGUUCAUUAUUCAAAUUACCUCCAGGUCAGUGGGUGAAUUUCUCCUUUGAUGAAAGAAUGAUGUUUUCUCUUCCAUAACUGGAAUUGCAAGAUAAAAUAUAUGUACACAUAUACAUAUAUAUUUACAAUUGUUAUCCUGAAAACAUAAAGAAAAGAAAAAAAACUGAAAUAAACCUGGAAGAAUAUUUAGCUGUAUUGAGUAAGGAUUGACAGGAGGUAGGGAGUUGCUGCAUGGAAAGUACGACAUAUGAUUUGACUUCAGGCAAAGAGAAGACAGAACAGGGAAAUGCUUUUAUGUGACCUCUGGCCUGUCUCUGGUUCAUGCUCAUUAUUGUGUAGCAUUUAAUUAAUGCAGAAAACAUUAUGUGGAAAACAGACGCUCAGCUCCAGCAGCAGGAAACAGACUGAAGACCCCUCAAACUUAUCUGAGCCAUACUCAAACAAGCACAAUGAUGCAAAAGCACAAACACCUGCCGUCACAACUGUUUGAGAAGAGAUGGAUUUCUGAACAGAGACAAGGACUUACAGAGACAUUCUUUUCCAAGCCACACUGACAGUAUUUUUCCCAGCUUGUUUACUUCUUAUUAUUAACCCCCUUUUUUUCCAAGCAUCUUAGGAAAAAAAAGAAAAGAAAAGAAAAAAAAGGAUUCUGAUACCCAGGACUUAAAGAAUUAAAUAAAGUAGAGAAGAGGUACUAAGGGAAAAUGUUCCUUUAUAUGUUGUGUUAUGCAUCAAGAUGUGCUUUACCAGAGUUAGGACAUCACAUUCAGUUCCCUCCUUGCUCAAAGACAGUCUGAGUGAUUGAGUCUGCUCAUAAUCAAGGAGGCUUCCUAGAGAGUAGCCUUCUACAGGGGACCACAGCUUCCCUCUGGAUGGGACAGCCAGCAUCAGGCAGAGAUGUUUUGCCUCCAGUUGCAUCCCUCUGUGGCAGGAUGACAAUCGGUUGCUAGCAAGUCACUGUUGGGCAGUGGGAGCAUCUAUCAGCUUAUAUAAGUUUUGAUAUUAAUAAUUACAAGACUUGCACAGGCCCAGUGUGCUCCUACAAGUGACCUAUCUCAUCCUUUCACAGUGCAAGUUGGUGACAGAGCUACUCUGCUCUUUGCUCUUCAUUACAAGACAGCUUUCCUUUAAAAUCCACCCUGCCACCCUUCUCUGGGAGUUUUUCCACUGCACAUUACAGAGGUUCAGUUUAGUCCUUUUUCCUAGAAGGAUGAACAGACCUCUGCCUAACCCAUCUGAUCUUCCUUCCCAGCUAGAGAGACAAAAAUUGAUGUUCUCUGAACGGCUGAUCUCAGUACCUAUGUUCUUAUGAGAUUAUAUUCCCCUUCCCCUUUCACUCACUACUCCAUAAUCUUCACUUUUCUUUGGAAAGGGGUGAUUCAUUGCUACUAAAUGGUAGAGCAUCUUUCUGAGACAGGAGUGUGGACAGCCCUUCUACUCCUUGCUAACAGGCACACAAACCUUCCUCCCAUCCCUCUAGACUGGUGUGGCCAGCAGAACCCUUUUUCAUGGAGUUUAGCUUCUUGAUCCAGAAGAGCAAAUGCUUUCAAGCAUCUCCUUCACUGCUAUCAAGCUGUGGGAUAAUGGCAUGGGCAAUCUUCUGUUUCUUAGCCUCAGGGUAACUAGAGUGGAUGUCGCACCUGAGCCAAAAACACAGUGAGGACAAAGCACUUGUAUUUUUAGAUGGUGGUAAAACUGGGUGAGGUCUGCCCUGAUGACAGGGGAGCAAGAAUCUUUGUCAGAUUUAUACGGUAACAAAGCAAAAUGGCCUUGUCCCUCAUGUUUUUCGCUCAUACACAUCAGCUCUCCAUUAUAAACAAACCCUCUGUAGGCAAAGCAGGCCAGGCUUAGGGAGGAAAUCUUCCUCAUUCCAGAAGCACAACCAGCCCAUAGCUAUGCAUCAACCCCUUCAGGACUGUUGCCCCAGAGAGGCUGAGAGUAAGAAGGAGGUAGCUAGCGGGGAUGGCAAGAACACUUCCCUGGAUCUUCAUCCCCAGUGGGCAGAGUCCCCAGUAGGCUAAUUCUGUAUCUCCUCACGUGAGUCCCCUUUGAAAUCACUCCCAAGGACUAUGGUCUGAUCCUUCACUACUACAGGGUCUGCCCAGGAGAGGAAGCAGUGUCUCUGCAUGGAUCUCCAAGGUCUGUUGGUAGGGUCCUGAGUUGGGCCUGGAAGAAAUCACUAUGUUCACUGAGGGAUGAGACGAGUCAAUGGCGUGUCCAUGCAGAAAUACUCUCUUUGAGACUUCUACAGAGAUGUCUGUGGGGUUGGGAGGGGGGGUUGGUUUUGUUCAGGGCAGGAAGCACGGGGAAGGGAAGGCUGCAAUGUAAGAAACAAUCAAUCAGCCACAAGGGAGGGGUUGACUAAGAGGAAUGACCAUGUCGACUGUGUUACUGUCCCGUCAUUCUCCUGAACCCAGAAUGGAAACUUCCAAGUGCUCUUCAUGAGCUUACAUUUAUUAGAAAACUAUUCCUGGGUGUUCAAGGUUGUUUUCUAAUGAAAAUAUACAUAAUAAAAAAAGGAAAUGAAUGACUCUUGUUAAUCUUUUCCUCUCCUCUGUUAACCUGUUACACACACUGUGAAACUUACCUCCUUCCCUGUUUGUUUACUGCCAUUCCUGGUCAAUAAAAUCUCUUUCUUUCUGGUCAUGAUCCA